GAGCGCCGCUGUUUCCGGUCGGGCUGUUAUUCCAGCAGUGACUGUGCGAGUGAAACAUGUCGAGUUCUUACAGAAACAGGAUUCAGGAAUUCAAGGUGUCUCUGAGUGAAGAGAAGAUCGAUCUGAAGGCUUUACAGGAACUUUGUUUCAGUGGGAUUCCAUGUGAAGGAGGCAUUCGUGCUUUGUGUUGGAAGAUUCUGCUGAAUUAUCUGCCACUGGAUCAGACGUUAUGGGACUCUUUCCUGAAGAAACAGCGGGAUCUGUACGCCCAGUUUCUCCGAGAGAUGAUCAUUCAACCUGGAAUCGCCAAAGCCAACCUGGGCGUGUCUCGAGAGGACGUGACGCUGGAAGACCACCCUCUGAAUCCAAACCCAGACAGCCGCUGGAACACGUACUUCAAAGAUAAUGAGGUUCUGUUGCAGAUCGACAAAGACGUCAGACGGUUGUAUCCUGACAUGGCGUUCUUCCAGCGGCCGACGGAGUUUCCCUGUCAGCUCAUUCUGGACCCUCAGAACGAGUAUGAAACACUGCGACGGCGUGUUGAACAGACCACACUCAGAGCUCAAACCGUCAACCGCAACCGCAGUGGCGUCACUAACGUAAGUGUGUGUGUGUGUGUGU